CUUUGAAGAAAGUGCGGGAGGUGGGGGCGGCUUCCUAGCCCGACUGGUCAUGGAGCUGGCGCAGGAAGUGCGGGCACUGGGCUGCUGGGCGGCCGAGGAGAUGGGGGUGCCCGCGGCGGCCCGGCCCUCGGAGUCGACGCUGCGUAGGCUGUGUCUGGGCCAGGGGGCCGACAUCUGGGCCUACGUCCUGCGGCAUGUGUACAGCCAGAGAACUGUCAAGAAGAUCCGAGGAAACCUGCUCUGGUAUGGCCACCAGGACAGCCCAGAGGUUCGUCAGAAGUCAGAGCUGGAAGCCACCGUGGCCCAUCUACGGACAGAGAUCCAAGAGCUGGAACAGAGCCUGGAGCUGAUAGAGCAAGAGAACGAGACUCAUGACACGGCCAUGGAACAGGCACUGCAGAAUGUGCGAGACACGCAGCGUUGUGCUCUCCUCCUCCGGGCCAAAGCAGGAGCCAUGAGAAGACAGCAGCGUGGGCUCCAAGAUCCCAUGCAGCGGCUGCAGAACCAGCUCAGCCACCUGCAGGAUAUCGAAAGGAAGGCCAAAGCAGAAGUGACCUUUGGACACCUGACACCAGCAUCCCUGGGCAUGGAGCCUGUGGUCCUGCGUGAUGUCCGAACAGUCUGCACCCUCCGGGCUCAGUUCCUGCAGAACCUCCUGACUCCCCAGGCCAGGGAAGGCAGUGUCCCAACCAUCCCUGAUGACCACUUUGGAGCUUCCUACCAGCAGUGGCUUAGCUCUGUGGAGACACUGCUGACCAACCACCCCCCAGGCCAUGUGCUGGCUGCCCUGGAGCACCUAGCUGCAGAGCGGGAGUCUGAGAUUCAGUCCCUGUGCAGUGGGCACAGGCUGGGAGAUGUGGAGCCACCCAGGUCCCAGGCCCUGGACCAGAUGGACUCCAGCCAGGCUCUGCCAUCCAUGGUACAUCUCCUCCAGGAGGGUUGGCAGACUGUGGGUGCACUGCUCUCCCAGCGGGGCGCCCUCCUCAAGGAGCAUCAAGUCCUGAGACAGCACCUUCAGAGCCUGGUGGAGGAGGUGGGGAGCCGUACCCUGGGAUCCAGCGAAAGGCAGGCACUAAUGCUGGAGCUUCGGAGGUGUGGCCUGCAGGCAGAACUCAAGGCCCUGCGUGCCCAGAGCAAGGAGCUGGAGGAUGCGGCCAGGCACCAGCAGCUCCUGCUGAGAGAGCUGCAGGCCAAACAGCAGCGGAUCCUACACUGGCGUCGGCGGGUGGAGGAGACACAGGAACAGAUCCGCCUGCUCAUCAAGGGAAACUCGGCCAGCAAGACCCGCCUGGGCCGGAGCCCUGGGGAGGUGCUGGCCCUGGUUCAGCGGAAGGUGGUCCCCAUGGCGGAGGCAAUAGCCCCACAGAGCCAGGAGCUGCUUCGCUGUCUGCAGGAAGAAGCCAGUCAUCUGGCCCACCUUCCCCUGAACAGCCUGCUACGGCCCAGCCCCGGAGGGUUGGAACCCCUUCCCACAUUCCUGCCGUCUGUCUACCAGCUGCACCCUGCCUCCCCACAGAGCUCAAGCCUCAUAGCGCUAGCCGGCACCCUGGGGCUGCCCAGAGGGCAGGCACCAGAACUGCUCCUCCCGAGGGCCGCCUCUCUUCGCCAGGACCUUCUGUUGCUCCAGGACCAGCAGCAUCUUCGGGGCUGGGACCUGCUCCGAGUGAAGACCAACCUGCCUCCAGGACCAUCCCCCCAGGAGCUGCUGCAGAUCCUGGCAGUGCAGGAAAAGGAACAGAAGGAGAAUCCCGGCAGAGCCCUGAGGAGGCUUGAGAACCUGCUGAAACAGGCACUGGAGCGAAUCCCCGAGCUGCAGGUGGCUGUGACAGACUGGUGGGAGCAGCCGGGCCAAGGCGCCCUCACCGAGGAGCUCUGCCAAGGCCUGUCCCUGUGCCAGUGGCGGCUGCGCUGGGUGCAGGCCCAGGGGGCCCUACAGCAGCUGUGCAGAUGAACGGUCUCAAACAAAAGUCACCGUGUUCAUGUUUGUCCACCCAUCACAGCCACUUCACACUUCCCAGAAGGACACAUUGCCAGGACUUGGCCCCCACCCCUUUGCCUGUCGCCACAUCUGCAGCCCUGCUCACAUGCUGUCCUGUGGCUGCUCACAAGGCCUUUGCCCUGCCCCUUCAUCCCCCCUCCCUCAGCCAAGAGGGCACUCCAAGCACCCCUGAAAGGCCUUGUCACCUUCACUCUCAUCAAAAAGCAAUUGAGCAUCUCCUCUGG